AUGAUUAUCAAUAUGGCAAGAUAUCAGAAUCUAAAUUAAAUACACAAUUAAUUUUAAAGGGACACACUAUUUGAGAUAAAAAGAAAUGGACAGAAACAGAUACAUUUUUAUCAACCCGAAAAUCCAAGUAGCGCACCUAAUGCUUUGAGCCGGUUUGAGGGGCCAGCCACACCCGUACUAACCUACGUCCUAGACUACGGCCCAUAGACCCAUUUGCUGAUUCAAAAUCCUAAUUUAAUAGAAAUUAGUGAAACCCUAUGGUUAUCAUAUGAUUCAAAAAUAAUGAGUAAAACCCAAUCGGUUUCAGCCCUCGAUCCUAAGGGGUUGGAUUAGAGUGACCCUAGGACUCCAUAUGGAACCCCCUAAAAGUAUUAAUUGAAACACGGCGAAGGCAAAGGUGAAAUAGGAGAAAUAUCACACAAUGAUAGGGGUUGGGGAGCAUAUUACAAUUUAAAUCACAAAAAUAAAUAAAUAAAUAAAAUAAAAAAAACUGGAAUGAAUAAACAAAAGAAAAUGAACACAAAAAAAAAAAAAAAAAAAGAAUAAAAAUAAAAAAAAGAGAUAGAAGAGAAGAAGAGGAGGGAGGCGGCUGAUUUUGGUGCAACAACCAUAUGAGGGCCGGUUUAUCCCCUGAACCCGUGCCAAUAACCUAGCAAUGAGAUAGUUUGCAGUGUUUUGCCAAUACCCAUUUCAUCUGCAAGAAUUCCAUUAAUGCCAUUUUCAUAAAACCUUAUCAACCAGUUCAAUCCAGCGAGCUGGUAAUCCUUCAUCUUUCCUUGAAUACAAGAAGGUUGUGUCACCAAGCUUGGGUUGCUUGAACCUUUCCAGGUAUCUGGGUUCAAUGUGGUCCUCUGUACCCAAGAAAAACAGAAACCCAAGAGCAGGAAGCUCUCUUUCAUGAGUUCUAAUGUUGUAGAACCUUAUCCUGCAAGGCCGACCCCAUUACCACUAAUCCAUUCUUCCAUCGGUUUGUCUACCCCUGCAAAUCUGGCCAAAAGCCCUCUAUCCCCAUUGGCAGGGGUCACACCUCCACCAUCGAUGUCCUUAUCUUUCCCACCAGAUGGGUCUCCAGCGGUUCUCCCCUCGAACCCACCUGAUGCUCUCACAUUGCCCCCAUGUAGUGCUAUGGACAUGGGAGCACCAGCGCCGACGCCGGAAACAGGGGAGGAGAAGGGACUUUGGUGUGUGGCAAAGCCUAGUGUUCCUGCAGAUACAUUACAGGAGGCCAUGAACUAUGCUUGUGGGGAAGGGGGUGCGGACUGUGACGAGAUUAAGCCUCAUGGAAGCUGUUAUAACCCAGAUACGGUUGUUGCCCAUGCAUCUUAUGCUUUCAAUAGCUACUGGCAGAAGAUCCAGGAGAAAAAGGGAGAAGAAAGGAAGAAGAGAUAUUCGGUUGCAGCAGACUUUGGAGGAAGGAAGAUGAGAAGAAGGAGAAGAAAAGAAGAAGGAGGUGCAGGUUCGGUUGCUGCCAGUUACAGCAGCAGGGAAGGAAAAGAAGAAGAAGAAGAAGAGAGGAGUUAGUGCGGCU